AUUCCUUUGAGUUCAGCCAAUCUGGUUUUUGCAAAAAGUCCCUGAAAGGACAGGAGAAACCUUCACGUGAUCUAUCUGGACUCAGGGACAUACGUGUUCAUGCUUGGAGACUGCCUUUUAUCUAUUUAGCACAGCAAAGCGAGCGGAACGGAUAGUGAUUAGAUUUCAGGUUCUGAAAACGUCGCAACCAUGUUUGUGGGAAACGAGAACAUCAUCUCAGUGGCCGAAGCCCUUAUCGCACUGGUUGUCUUUCUCCUGGUCUUGAGCAUCACUAGAUCGUUUCGGAAGAAAAUACCACCUGGGUUGAAGAGACUCCCGGGACCGGUUGCGUACCCCUUGAUUGGCAACAUCGUACAAAUGGGCAAGAACCCUCACUUAAGUUUCAAUCGGAUGAGAGGGAAAUACGGAGACGUCAUGCAAGUACACAUUGGCAUGAGACCAGUGCUGGUCCUGAGUGGUUUGGAGACCAUCAAGCAGGCCUUGGUGAAGCAAGGGGAGGAGUUCAUGGCACGGCCCGACCUCUAUACUUUCAACAUGAUUGCCGAUGGUCAGAGCUUAACUUUUGGGCGGGAUACGGAGGCCGUGUGGCGAGUUCGCAAGAAGCUUGCCCAGAAUGCCUUGAAGACCUUCUCCAGCGCUCCCAGCCUCACCUCGGCCUCUAGUUGCAUCGUAGAGGAGCAUGUCUCCGAAGAAGCCAGCUAUUUGGUCACCAAGUUGCUACAGGUGAUGGAGGAAAAGGGCCGGUUUUGUCCUUACCGGUAUGUGGUGAUCUCUGUGGCCAACGUCAUUUGCGCGGUCACUUUCGGCAAGCGCUACAGUCACGACGACAAGGAAUUGCUCGAUAUCAUCCACCUGAUGGACGAAGCUGAGAAGGCGACGGGUUUGGGCAACCUUGCUGAUUUUAUCCCCGUGUUGCAAUAUCUACCAAACCCACUAAUGAAAAGGUUUAAGGCCUUAGUCAUGAACUUCAACGCUUUCCUACAGAAGAACAUCAACAGACACUAUGAAUCAUUCAACAAGGACCACAUCCGGGACAUCACCGAUUCCUUGAUUGCUCAAAGCCAGGACAUGAAAUUCCUGGCAAAAAACAGUAUCCAACUCCCUGAGCAGAAGAUAGUCAACCUCGUGAAUGAUCUUGUUGGAGCUAGUUUCGACACGGUGACGGCUGGCCUGUCUUGGUGCAUCAUGUAUCUAGUCAGUUUCCCGGAAAUUCAGAAGAAGAUUCAAAAAGAACUAGACCAGACCAUUGGCAAGGAGAGGACCCCCAGGUUGUCAGACCGGGCUUUGUUGCCGUAUGCCGAAGCCUUCAUCUUGGAGGUGUUCCGACAUUCCUCCUACGUGCCUUUCACAAUCCCCCACUGCACAACCAAGGACACCUCCUUGAAUGGCUUCUACAUCCCAAAGGAUUUGUGUGUCUUUGUCAACCAGUGGCAAGUCAACCAUGAUGAGACGCUUUGGGAGGAUCCGUCCAGUUUCAACCCCGACCGUUUCCUUUCCGCCGACGGGACUGAAAUCGACAGGGCCGAGAGCGAGAAGGUGAUGCUCUUUGGAAUGGGGAAGAGGAGGUGCAUUGGAGAGAACCUUGCCCGUUGGGAGGUUUUCCUCUUCUUGACAACUUUACUCCAGCGGCUGGAGUUCACCGUGUCUGAUGGAGAGCGUGUCAAUAUGACUCCUGAGUACGGACUUGUAAUGAAGCCUAAAAAGUGCGAGAACCUCCAGGUCAGGGAGCGGUUCCCAAGGCAGAGCUCAGAGUGAUUCCCUGUAGACCAGGGGUCCCCAAACGAAGGUCUGGGAGCCUUAGUUUGGCCCUCCAAGGUAAUUGACCUGGCCCCUGUCCUAAACUGUAGACUUAGGGUUGACCUAAGUCUACUUGGUCUUUGGAGGUCUCUCUGCUUACCUAUGGUCUUAUGAGAUGGUCUAGAUGGUCUUUGAAGGUCUCUUUGCUUAGCUACGGCCUUAUGAGACCAUCUAGAUGGCUUUUGGAGGUCACUUUCCUUACCUAUGGUCCUAUGAGACCGUCUAGAUGGCCAUUGAGGGUCCUCUUCCUUACCUAUGGUUUUAUGAGUUUGUCUAGACGGCCUUUGGGGGACCCUUUCCUUACCUAUGGUCUUAUGAAACCAUCUAGAUGGUCUUUGAGGGUCCCUUUCCUUAUCUAUGGUCUUCUGAUGGCCUGAUGAGAUCAUCUAGAUGGCAUUUGAGGGUCCCUUUCCUUACCUAUGGUCUUAUGAGAUCGUCUAGAUGGUCUUUGGAGGUCUCUUUGCUUACCUAUGGUCUUAUGAGAUCAUCUAGAGCAGGGGUCCCCAAACUAAGGCCCAUGGGCUGGAUGCGGCCCCCCAAGAUCAUUGACCUGGCCUCUAUCCUAAAUGUCAGACUUAGGGUUGACCUAAGUCUGAAAUGACUUGAAGGCACACAACAACAACAAUCCUAAUUUUGGAGUAUUUCAUCAGCCCCCUAAGAGUCUGAGGGACUGUGAAUUGGCCCUCCACUUAAAAAGUUUGAGGACCCCUGCUGUAGACUAUGGCCCCUUCCAGACAGCUGAAUAAAAUCCCACAUUUUCUGUUUAUUGUGGGAUUUUCUGCCUUGAUAUUCUGGGUGAUAUGGCUGUGUGGAAGGGCCCUGAGUUCUGGAGAGGUCCCACAUUAUCUUCUGUUUGAAGGAGAACAGCUCAAACUGCAUCAGGUUGAGUUCCACCUCCAAAUUUCGCUCUCCAGAUUGUCCUCCAAGUCUCCAAAUCGCUGCUCCCGUUUCCGCUUCCCUUUGGCCCUCUUCUCGUAAGGAUCAACUCAAGUCUGGCCCUGGUCCAUAGCCUUCUAGCCAAGGGCUGCAUAGGAAUGUGUUUUAUUGCAUUGCCAUUUUGGAGACAAGAUAAAGAAUUCCUUCAUCAU